AUGUCUAUCACUACUCACUCACCAUUUCUGGCUCUUCCGCGCGAGUUGCGUGACGAGAUCCUUGGCUACCUUAUUCUACCCCAAUACGUUUACACAUCAACCUCGACCAAGGAUACACAGAAUCUGUACAAAUCACGCCAAAGCGCCAUUGACACUUACCUCGAUACGCGUAUCUAUCUGCCUUCUCGUCCGCCUGCGAACAUCUUGGCCACUUGUCGGCAGCUGCGAGAAGAGUGCCUGGAACACCGUCUUGAUCCAACAAUAUCUGUAGCACUCUCAACCCCCGAGAAUCGACCCCUCAGCAACAUCCUAGCUGAACGAUUAGGGACCGAAUUUGCUGAGGAAGCAGAGCGUGCCUUCGAUGAUGACACCCCACGAAUCACGCUGGAGAUUCAGAGACAACUACGUGGGGCUCAUGGUUACUAUAUUCCAACACGCGACGAGGUUUCACCUCGGCUUUUGGCACUACUCCCAAUCAUGGAGAGGAACAAGAAGCUGAGAUUGACCCUAUGGCCUGGUUACGACUGGUGGAACGGUGGCCCACCCGUCUUCAUCGACAAGCGUGGAAAUGCUCGAACCAACCCUGGUGAGGCAGCGAAGCCUAACGCUGCCUCGGUUGCCAUCAGUCGAAUGCUUCAGCACUUCCCCAAUGUCGAAGAACUCAGUGUAGAUGUGCUUAUGCAGGCAUCUGACGGCGGCAGAUGGGACCUACCGGACAAGAAAUGGGAGAAUAUUCAAUCAUGGCUGGACGCACCGAUCAUGCCUAACAUGGAACAGACAGUAAAGAAGGUGACCAGGAAGCUCGCCGGUUUCUGGAAAGCAUCAGAUCCAGAGUCCUUUUACGUACAACAGGAAAUCCGUCAAUCGGGCAAUACCUGGAAGGUCGACCGGAAGGGUGAUAUGGGCACUCCCACAAUGAAAUCCUUUUGCGAUACCGGCAACGAAGGCGACAUGGAAUUCCUUCGAUCGCUCGUAGUAGAGGAGUCUUUCGUCCGUACCGACUAG